AUGGACGCAGAGGUCUCGGCACGCUUGCACUGCAGUCUCCAUUUCGCGCUGGAGAACCGCCUGCUCAGUGCUGCGCUAGGGAUUUGCAACAGGGGAGACUUCUAUGAGGCGCAGGGCGAAUUCUCCAUUUGGCGGAUCGUAGCCCUUGCCAUGGAUUUUCGUUUUAAGUCGGCACUUGAAUUGCUGGAACGCCUGGUGGAGAAGUACCAACAGCAGGGAGGCCUACCGCAUCUCCCGCUACGCGAACUCCGUCUGUCUUUGCUCGAUCUAUGGGCAAAGUCCGAGUAUGCGGAACAUUCCCCAACGAGUCAUGACUUUCUUCCGUUAGACUGCAUUCGCUUACAUUUAAUUUUCGUUUUGGCAGACACGUCACUUCUGCAAGAACCUGCUGCACUGCAAGCCACUUACUGUUGCUACAAAUGCAGGCAGACUGAUGGUUCUCCUCCUCAGAAGAGCACGAGCACCACGACGACCUCUUCAGCUUUCGGUUUGGAGGAUGAUAAGAGCAGACUUAUAAUGGCGUCUGCUCUGAUGCACUUCGGGGACCUUCCAAAGGCUGCAGGAAUCCUUGAGGUAAUCAAAAACACAGGCCAAUGCUGCACUGCAUUGCACGAUCCGACUGCUGCUCAAGGCGUCCCUAGCCAGUCAACCCAUACGGCGGCCACCAAAAUAAGAAUUUACUACAAGUGGUUGCAGGCAGUCAUGCGAAAUAGUUCUUAUGCCUAUUCUCAGGAAGUGCAAGAUGACACAGAAGAGCGACUGUGCGUCAAGGGGUGGCUGAAUUUGGCUGUUCAUGAUUGCAACGAAAAGGAUGCGCCGAAGCAGCAGGCGCUUGUAGCUGCAGAGCGCUGCUUUUAUCUAGCGCAGCAGAAAGGCCUCUGUUCCCGCAAAGGCACAGCGGCCCCUCGUACCUUCCUUGGUAUCGCAGAGGCACUCGACAUCCUCACCGACUUGGGGUCCAGGGAGCCAUGGCUAGCUGGCGCGCAGCUACAGCAGGCUGUACUGUUGCUAUCCGUCUCUCGGUGGGGUGAAGCAGCAGCGGCAGCAGCGGCUGCUGCUGCGCCGAAAAUGUCUGGAGGACAAAGUGAGGUCCAGCAGCCUGCGGCUUUGCUUCUGACGCUAAUCCGUUUGUGCAGUGGCGGCACCGAGGCUAAGGAAGAACCUUGCCGUGCUAGCCCCCUUCGCAGCCUUGCCGAUUCGUUUAACUCAGAUGUGCGCUACAUCCCUGAGAGCCCUCGUCACAGUACUCUAGUUGGCUUCUUGGGAAUCCUUCCACACGGACCUCUGCAGUGCGAACUGUGGAGCGUUUCGAGGAGGCCGACUUACGAAUGUGAUCAGGAGCCACCAGGGUUCCACUUCGCCUUGGAAGUCUCCAAAGCCCUGUGCGGAUGCAUGAGCUGGCUUUACACCGACCGCCAUGGCUGUGCCACACAUCACCGCAACGAAGACAUUGUAGAGGCCACGUUGGCUGUAGUCCGUGCUGGAGGCCUCUCUUUGAAGGCUUUGAGUGAAGCAGAAGAGGGAUGGUCUGAUCACGCAGCCGCAAUAUUCCGAGCUUACAGCGAAGAAGGCGCCUGGCAGCUGCUGCUGGCAGGGAAGCCCGUGGAAGCUGAAGGAGAGUUUUCUGACCUUGCUGAUGCAGUUUCGAUACCACAGCAGAAGCAGGUUGCCUUAGAGGGGGCGACCCUUGCUUUGCUCCUGCAGGCCAAAGACAAAGAAGCUACUGAACGCCUUAAACAGGCUGAGAGCCUCUCAGUAAGUGCUUCACGAAAAGCGCAGCAAUCGCCUGGCACAUCUGCCCUUCUUGUUGCAGCCACCAAAUGGCGCGCGCAACUGCAAGAUGCUUGCGGCUUCCGGUUGUACGCUGCACUGAAUCCCAACUUUUGGCUCAUUAUCUCAGCACGUGUCUUGAACACAGUUGCUGUAGCCAUGGCAGGGAACGCCCCCACAAAGGACAGGUGGCAACGUUUACCUGGAUUCUUCAGUGCCACGGAACCCCUUACAGCCUCCAAGCUUCAAGAGCACAGCGCUGUGACUGAGCUGUUGAACAUUGUACGGGAAAUCCUACAGACUCUGCUACAACACGUCCCAGCCCACCAUGAUGCGCGGGUGCUCCUUGCGCGCACACUUCUGCUACGUGGGGAAUUGCAUCGUUGCAGCGAGCUACUGAGUGCUUAUGACAAUGAGGGCUUUAGUCAGACUCCCAAAACCCUGCUGCUUCUCGUGCACGCGCGUUGCCUAUCUUUAGCUGGCAAGCCGAAGCUCGGCCUAGACAAAGUGCAAGCCGCUCAUGCUGAAGUUAGUUUAGCGAUUUGCAGCGGAUAUAAUUUGCCUGUUUGCGUACUGGCGCCGGUUGGCUCAACUGUUGUGCGUGGGUUGCUGCAUCUUUUCUUGGUCCCUGUAGCGAAGCUUGAGGCCCAGGCUGGGGUCUCCGCUAAUAGCCUAACAACACUAGAGCAAGCGCUCGGAUGUUGCUGUCUAGCGAUUGCUGCCAAAGGCCACAUUUCCAAUGAGUUACCCCGCGAAGGGUCACCGUCUGGGGAACGUCGGGAUAGGAUCUGUCGAUGUAACGAAUGUGCGGCGCGAAGCAAAACUGUCGCAAGGGGUAUUCUAGGUCUCUCGCCCCUGCCUCUGCACUGUACAAUCUGCGAAAGGCUGUCAGCGCAACUGCUAAAGGUCGAGCUUUUGGGGCAAGCAAAGCGCAAAGAGGAAGGGCAAGCGCUGCUGGAAUCAGUGGCUGCGGAGUUUGGCUUCCCCUCCGGCCUAUGCAGCAGCGAUCCAGCUGGUGGAAGCAGUCAGUCUGACAGCACUAAAUGCGAGAAUGAUAAAAAAGAUGGGGAGGGAGAGGCAUGGGUAAAGGAUCAAAUCCUCCUGGUAGCCGCGCAGCACGCAGCAAGGUCUGAUGACGCACAGCGAGCCCUGGAGCUGCUCAGCCUGAUUGGCAGAGAUUCACCCAGCAGCGCUGAGGCCCAUAUCGCUAGAGCUGAAGUCUACAAAGACUUGCUUGCAGAUGAUGCCGCUGCGGUACGCAGUCUGCGUCGUGUAGUGCUACAGCUUCACCUCAGUGGAAGUGCGGCUCUUAGGGCCGGAGAACUGCUCUUGAAACUGCAGCAUCCAAAGGAUGCUUCCAUUGCAUUUGUAAAGGCUCUUGCACUACAUCCAGAUAACAGAGAAAUUGUUCUCCAGCUAAGAGGCGCGCGAUUGAUGUGUGCUCCUAUCGCAGUCAGCAGCCUACGGGCAGCGCAUUACUUCGAGGAAGCAGCAACUCGAGCUCAUAACGAGCUACAGAAGCAACCGAGCGACUGGCUUCUGUUGCUACAGCUGGUGGAGUUGCUGCAUAUGCUAGGGAGGCAUCGGGCAGCCUUGAAGGCAACGGCGCCGCUCAGUCAUCAAGAAGCCAUUACAGGAAAAGGCUCUGAGCUACUAACAAAGCUGCGUAUUCUCCUAGUAAAGGCCGCCUCCCUGGCAGCCGCUUCCGCGCAGCCUCAGACAGCAGUGGGAGAUGACUCCGAGCAACUCAACGCAAUAAGCUUGCUAAGACGGCUGCAAUCGAAAGUCUUAGCUCUGCUAGCAGACAGCGAAGGCAGGACGGCCCCAGUAACCAAUCGCCGAGACACUCUUCGGCGACUAUCAGCUUCCAACCAAAGGCGUAGCAGCGAAGUACCUGGAGCCAAGCAGCAGCUGCUCUGUGACGUGUCCAAACAGCUGAUCAAGCUGCUGUGGCAGCGCCAAAAGAACCCCACCGCAGCAGAAAUCGUUUGCAACGAGGCUCUCCAUUACAACGCAGCGGACGUGGAACUUCAUGAGCUUCGCUGCCGAGUGUCUUUACAGUUGGGUCGUACGCAGGAGGCCGAGCAGGCUAUAAGAGAUAUCCGGGAAAUUGAACCAAACAAUCCGGCAGUUGCCGAGCUGCAGGUCCAGUUGAUAGCCGCUGCCUUACCACAAGACCCUCAGUGCCUGACCGACAUCGUAUCACAUGCAUUACAACUGGUGCGACAGCCUCGAAUCUCUUUUGCAGCGGUGGAAGGAGCGCUUCUACUGCUUCGCAGACGCGGAUUGUUAGAUGACUGCGAGGAGGUCUGCGCCCGUCUCCGGCAAAAGCCAAGGAACGAGCAACAGGAUCAACAAUGCCAGCCACAGAGACAGAACCACGAAGAGCAGCAUAGCAGCCUGGGGGAAAAGCCUUUUGGUGCUUGUGGAUUCAAUAGGUGGCGUUGCCGUCCAACUGUGGCAAUGCAGAUGUUCGCUGCGGCAAGAGACCGUCUCGAAUUCAGGGAGCGUUGCAUGCAACAGCUGCUAGAGCUCCUCUUGCGACCUUACGGGUUCCUUGACUCAGAUUGGAUGCAACAGGUCUCUGUACGAAGGCGCAUCGCGGCGUUCUUCUCCAAUGCAGCAGCAGGGUUUGAUUCAGCCGUUGCAGCAGCUGCUACUGCAGCUGAAGUGCUUGUAUCUCAUCCUUGGGAAGGAAAAGAUCACAACCAGUUGAAGGAGCUUUUGCGGUUGCCCGCCGCUGCUGCACAUCAAAAUGCGGAGGCGACUCCUCAGAUGCACAGCACGAGUGUUAUAGUCGCUGCUGCAAAUGAACUUCUAGCUUUUUGGGAGAAAGGCCUCGGGGCCUCUCCAGACCCCACUCAGCAGUACAAGCUGCAGCUUUACCGUUGCGAGCUGGCUCUGCUAUCUCGAUGCCGCGCUGAUGCUGAGGCUGCGUUGCAGCAAGUCAAGCAACUGCUGCAGUCGCUCGAGCAGCAGCAGCUUCAUCAGCCCCAAAUGCAUGCACUUUUUGUAGCAGCGGAGGCGUAUAUUGUAUUGAGACAGCCGGAACGUGCGCGAGCAACCUUACAGCAAGCAAUAGACAUGCAAAAGAAUUAUACAGCAGCAGAAGCACCAAAUCCCAUUGACCAUGCUGAAGAGUCAGCACGCGCGCAGUUAUUGCUGGCAGAACUCUUACUAGCUGAUAGGCAGCUGGACGCAGCAGCUACAGCCGUCUCACAGGCUGUCUGCACACUGGGUCCUACGUACAAGGCAUCCGAGUUGCUUGCAAAGAUAGCUCAGAAGCAGAAGAAACAUGCAGAUGCUAUGGCACACUUGGCCGAGGCGCGGACGCUGCACCCACACCACCACCAAGUUAUGCUGCGCUUGGCUAUGUUGCACCUGCAACAGCAGCAGCCUUUACAUGCGCUCUCCAUUUGCAACUGCCAAGCCAAAGGGAUUUCGAAUCUCGGGCAAACAGCGUGCGCAGCUUACCCAAGACAGUGCUUGGCGGGGCUCUGCGCCUAUAAAAAAUGCAUGUUGGCACUCGUUAAUGCAGUGGCUAUGAACCUUGCAGAGAGGAGAUGGAUAUCACAACAAGGCAUGCGACAACCGGUGUUGCGCACGCCGGUGUUAUUACUUCAAAAUAAGAUAAAGUCCGGCACAACUACCAGCGCCCUAGAGAUGACCGCCUAG